UUCAGAAUUUCAAGUUACAGGAUGGAUCUUUACUACCUCAAGAUUCCUUGUGGGUUAGAACCUCUGAUUUGAAGAAGCUACAACAACACCACACUUGUUGGACAUCAGGGUGCGGGUGGAGAAAAAGGGGGCGGGGUGCUGGUGCAUAGGUUUUGCUUAUAUAUGGCUGGUGUGUAGGAUAGUGGGCUUUUGCGAACUUUUGGGCCAAAUGAAUCAUCGACAUUUGCUUAUUAAGUUGGUCUACGAUAUUAUCAUAGAUGGGUACUUAAAAACCAUCAGUGAUAUGUAUUUCGGAAAAUUCUGUCAGUGACGUCUAGUUAUCACAGACGGGUAUUAAAAAAGCCGUCAUUGAUGCAAAUUUCCACAAUACCCGUCGGUGAUGAGAGUUAUCACAUCCGUUUCUGGUGAACUGUCGGUAGCCUUUGGCAUUCAGUUAAUUCAGUUAUUUGGUAAAUAUAGUUUUGCUACAAUGGUAAAUACGGUAUGGAACAAGCAUAUGGUUUGGUUUCAGUAAAUAUGAAAAUAUUUCGGUAUCGGUAAAUACCACACUAACCAAAGUUGACAUGAAUUUUAGUAUGACUCAUCCAACUACACAUCACACAAUUAUAAGCGACAAAUCAACAUGCGAAAAAUUGAGUAACUAACAUCAAUUUCACAGUUCAAUACAACUAUACUAGUCUCCAGUAGGCACCAGCAGGCUAGGCAGCCAGCAUGAGCGUGCAUUGAGGCAUUGAGCAAGGACCAAUUUACAAAUUGUGCACAGGUUUUCUACGGUUUCUAACCAAUGUUACUGAUCCUUUGGUGGUUAUAUUAGUUUAACAACCAUACCUAUAACCACAAACCAGACUAACCGGCCAUCUGGUUAUGGCCUGGUUCGGUAACUGAAUGCCAAGACCUACGGGCGCCAGUGAUAAGAUGAUACGUAGUGUUGGCAGUACUGAGAUGUAAUAGUUAAGUUGUAGAAAGGUUGGAAUGUAAGAUAGGCAUGUAUAUACCUAGACUGGAGAGAUGAAAGAAACAGAGUUUUCCAGAAAAAUCCUCUUCUCUCUCUUGUUCCUGACCUUGCUCUGCCCCAAUCUCCCAAAUCAACAACAUGGUAUCAGAGCAUGACGAGGAUCUGUGCAGGAGUCUCGCGGAUUGAUAGCGGGGGGCUGCUGGAAGGCUGCGGUGGAGGUGUUGGGGCCGGAUUUGCUGUGGUGGAGAGCCAGAUCGGGACUGGUUGGCUGCGGCAAGCAGGGCGGCCGGCGGUGGCUGUGGUGGAGCAGGGUGCCCGGCAGCAACCUUGAGUGGUGUAGGUGGUGGCCCUGGGCGGAGACAAGAUUGGGGACAGAUUCAAAUCAAAGUUCAAGGUGAGGGCUUGGAGGACUUGUUGCAGGUAUGGCUGGCAAUGGUAGUGCUCCAGCGGCAGUUACUGCUGGUGAGCUUGCUGCUGUAUUGCAGGCAAUGGACGAAAAGUAUAGUGCUCUAUUGGAAGCAAUCAGCAAACAAGCCACCCGCUCAAAAUCAGAUGUUGAGAUGAAGGAAGAAAUACACCCUCUGCAGAUGCCACAUGUAAAGUUAGAGGGUCCAGAGAGCUAUGUCAGCUGGGCUGAGCAUGCUGAAACCAUCUUAGUUUCAAGCAAAUUGGAAGGGUACAUUCUUGGGACAGUAGAGAAACCUGAGGAAGGAGGUUCAAAAGAAGGCCAAAAAUGGAGGAUGACCAAUGCACUGGUUAGGGCGUGGCUGUUGAGCUCAGUCUCAUCUCAAAUUGCAAAACAAGUGGAGAGGAUUAAGGAUGCCUCGGAAAUUUGGAGGCUCCUGAAGGGAACAUAUUCAGGAGUGGGAAAUGAGAUGUUAGCAUGUAAGAUUCAGAAGGAAUUGCAGGAGCUGAGCCAAGGAGAAAGGACUGUUGUGGAGUAUGUGUCGGAACUAAAAAGAUUGUGGAGUGACCUUGACUACUACGAUCCUGUUGAGAUGGAAUGUGGUAAGUGUGCUGAGGAAUAUAAUAAGUGGACUGAGAGGAGACGUGUGAGGCACUUCUUAAAUGGCCUUCAUCCCAGGUUUGAGAAUCGAAGAGCAGCGCUUUAUGGAAGUGGGAAGCUGCCAAGUCUUGAGCAUGCAAUUUCUGCAAUUGUAAGUGAAGAAACGCGGUUGAAACUGGAGGCAGUGGGUUCAGUUGGACAGGGCGUGUCACAAAAACGCUCAGCAUUUCUCGCUACGGAGCAGAGAGUUGAAAUAAGCCCUCAUGAAAAAAAGUGCUUUGAGUGUGGCCAACCGGGACACCUAAAGGUAGCAUGUCCACAGUUGACUGGGGGAGGCCGUGGUAGAGGCCAGGAUUGGCGUGGUAGAGGUCGUGGUCGUUUUUCUAAUGCACGCGGUGGUGGCCGUGGAAGAGGUGUGUAUCCAUCAGGAAGGGCGAACACAUGCACUGUCGUUGAGAUGACUGCAGAUGAGUUAGAGAAGUGGCAUCAAUUUUUCAAGAAUUUGAGUCUUGGAGACGGACGGUCUUCAGAGGCACAUGCACCAUCUUCAUCAGCAAACUUCUCUGGAACUUGGGACUGGAAGAAAGAUUGGGAUGGGGAGCAUGCGUGAUGGACUAUAUUACUUAGACAGUAAUAUCCCCCCUAUGGUGGCUGCUACUGUACCUACCUCUGCACUAGAAGAACUUCUACUUCAACACCGCCGGUUGGGACAUCUAUCUUUUGCCAUGUUGGGUCAGUUAUAUCCUAGUUUGUACUAGGUCAGCAAGGAGAAAUUGGUAUGUGAUGCAUGUCAGUUUGGAAAGCAAACUAGAAGUUCUUACUUGUCGUCCGAUAAUAGAAGUAAUGUACCCCUACAAACUAUUCAUUCUGAUGUGUGGGGUCCUAGUGGAGUGGUAUCUUUAAAUGGAUAUCGCUACUUCGUCACAUUUAUUGAUUGUUGCACUAGAAUGACUUGGGUCUAUGUUUUGCGAAACAAAAGUGAUGUGUUCGAAUGCUUUAAAGACUUCCAUAAUUUAAUUAGAACUCAGUAUAAUGCAUGUGUGAAGACACUUCGUACUGAUAAUGGUACCGAGUAUGCGAAUAUUGAAUUUGAUGGUUAUCUAUCGAAUUAUGGAAUUAUACAUCAAACCACUUGUCCUGGGACGUCUGAACAGAAUGGCCUAGCAGAGAGGAAAAAUAGGCACCUUCUAGAAAUUGCAAGGUGUAUACUGUUUGCUAUGAAUGUUCCUAAAUUUUUGUAGAGUGAAGCAGUGAUGACUGCAGCAUAUUUGAUGAAUAGGAUGCCAUCCAGGGUACUUGACUACAAGACGCCAAUUGAGUGUCUCACAGGGAAAACUACAUAUGUGGUUCCCCCAAAGGUAUUUGGGUGUACAUGUUUUGUAAAGGACUAUAGACCUUCAGUUAGUAAGCUUGAUCCUAAGGCAUUAAAGUGCAUAUUUGUUGGCUAUUCUGGUAAGCAGAAGGGUUAUAAAUGCUGGUGUCCAUCUGAAAGGAGGAUGUUUGUGAGUAUGGAUGUGGUGUUUAGAGAGCAUGAACCAUUUUAUGGGGAACCAACUGAUUUAACUGAUGUAUUCCCUGAUUUGUUCUCUAAUGACAUCUCUGACGCAGAAUGUGCGGCAGGGGGAGAGAGGGAGGAGAAAGACAAUAAUGGAGCAUAUCAAGAGGUGAUAAUUGGAGUGAUACCGGCUGAAGACACUAACACAUCGGAAAUCGAGCAAAUACAGAGACAGGAGGGGCCACAAGAUACACUACAGAGAGAUUCACGGUGGCCAAAACCAAAUGAAGAACAACAUCCUCAAGUGUACACACGAAGGCAUCAGACCGAGGAGAAGCAUGCUCGAGAGGAAGAAAUCAUCCCUUCGGGACAUGAUCAUGAAGCCCAAGGACAGGCUGACCCACAUGACUCAGCUUCACACCCUUCAGCUUCACAUGAUGGUACAUCCUCUUCAUAUGACGAUCUAGAUGUUCCAAUUGCCCUUAGAAAGAAAACUCGCAAUGCUGUUGGGAAGUUACCCUCAAAAUUGUCCCAAUAUAUUGUCUCUAACCAUGUUUCAUACUCGUUGGUGGGUUCUAAGUAUAGAUCAUUUAUAGCUGCUUUAGACUCCACAGUUCCUGUACCUCGUGAUUGGCAAGAGGCGAAGAAAGAUUCGAGGUGGAGAGCAGCAAUGUUGGAAGAAAUGCGAGCACUUGAUAAAAACAAUACUUGGGUUCUUACCACAAUUCCAGCGGGAAAGAAAAUUGUGGGCUGCAAGUGGGUGUUCACUGUGAAGCAAACACCUGAGGGGAAGGUAGAGAGAUACAAGGCCAGGUUAGUGGCGAAAGGAUAUAGCCAGACUUAUGGGGUGGAUUAUGAUGAAACAUUUGCUCCAGUAGCAAAAAUGAAUACCAUCAGAACAAUGAUAUCAAUAGCUGCAAACCACAGGUGGAAAUUAUUUCAAAUG